AUGAAGGGGCUGUGUAAGCUGACAGCAUCUGCAAUGGCACUGCUCUUGGCAGCAUCCUUCCUGUCUUUCUCCUGGAGUGCACCUCAGGCUCAUUUCCAAAGGAGGAACUGGACUCCUCAAGCUAUGCUCUAUUUGAAGGGUGCACAGGGACGUCGAUUCAUCUCAGAGGAGAGACAUGGAAAGGGUCUGUAUGACAGAAUGCAGUUUGAAACACGCAGCCAAACCACAAAUCCUUUGUCUCUUUCUGAAGCCGCAGCUCUGUUCCUUAGUUCCUUAUGGAAAGCACAAGAAGAAGUUGAAGAAGAGAACGGUGAUCACCGUGGCUACUUGACAGAUCAUCUAUCAAACUGGUGA